AUGGGCGGCAUAGGAAUUUGGUGUAUGCACUUCAUCGGCAACCGCGCCAUCGUCCUGGGCGAAGGCGAGCCCCACGUGCAAGCCAUGUAUAAUGUCGCCUUCACGGGUACCUCCUUCGUGCUCCCCGUGGUAGUACUGCUCUUUGCCUUCUACGCCGUGGGUGUCGAGGAGAAGGCAGGCUAUAUCCGCAUCCUCAUCGGAGGCUUGCUCACUGGUAGCGCUGUCUGCGGUAUGCACUACAUCGGUCAACUCGGGAUCUCGAACUAUAGGUGCUCGUACCACGUCGCCAAUGUCGUGGGCUCAGCAAUAAUUGCCAUUGUCUCCAGUACUGCUGCCCUGGGCAUCUUCUUCCGCUGGAGAGCUACCUGGACUGAUAGCUGGUGGAGACGAGGGAUCUGUGCUUGUUUAUUGGCGGGUGCGGUCUCAGGCAUGCAUUGGACUGCGGCUGCUGGGACUAUCUAUCGGGAUCACAACCGCAUAAACAUGCAUGGGACUCAGUUGUCGAGGAGUCAGGUUGUCAUUAUCUGCACAGUUCUGGCCUGUGUUGCAUGUCUCAUUUUGUCGAUGUGCGCUAUUCUCGCUGGGCGAAAUCGCAGAAGGUCGACGACUCGUGCUCAUCAGCUUGUUCUCGCUUGUGCUUACUUUGAUCCCACUGGACGAAUCAUGGUUACGCCGCAGGCUUUGCUUCCUACGAGGAAGAUUGUCGAUCAUUAUAUCGGACGGACGUUCAAAGAUGACGAUCUCACCCGCACCCACCCUACGUUCCUGUGGGCCUUUAGGGCAACUCGGAACUGGCCUGUCGUGAAAGACCUGGUUCCCUUUAUGCGAAACCGCCUUGAUUCCGAAGAAAGCGCCAUUGAGAAACACAUGCUAUCCCGUGGAGUAAUUAUGGACAAGGAUACGGAGUUGCAAACUGACUUUGAUACCUUGUUCAAGCAACUCUUCUGUGUCACAGCCCAAGAGCUCUCAGAUCAACUUUCUCUGCCUCUCCACGAUCUAGGUACACUCUACGACGAUGUUCUCUCCACUGCUAUCCCCAUCUCCCGACUUUCUCGGGCUAUGGGCCGUUCGUCCCUCCGCACUGGCAAGGGCCAAAUGAUGUUCACCGUCCGCCAGCUACAAAAGCAUGAGGCAGCGCGCCUGGGAUCACAGGGAUUUCGGUUCGCAACCAUUGAGCAUGUCACAGGAAUGCUUUCCCGUCGCAUCCACGUUCCCGAAGCAAACCUAGUCACCUCCCUCCGCGACAUGCGGGACUACGCAAGCUCAAAUCGCGGCUUCGAUGAGGGAGUACACCUCGUCUCAUUUAUGAUGCGCCCAACAGUACACGAUCACUUCGAGAUCCUCACCGCAAAGGGCGUCGGCAACCCCCCUCCCAUCCACAACCCUCCCAAUGAGACAACUCCAUCACAAGCCUUCCCCAACCUAGUCGACUUCCGCACCAACCUCACCAAAUCCAUCAUAUCCCUCUCGAAAACCAUUCCCGAAGACAUGCGUGCAGCAGCAAAACUCUCCUCCCGCCCAUUAACAGCCCCCUGCCGCAGCAGCUCCUCCAACCCCGAAACAGCCAUGCAAAACAACUGCACCCUCCUAAGCUUCUGCGUCGUCGGCACACUUGACACCCAAGUCUCCAACCCAGACUACACCUUCACCCCCUUCCGCCUCUUCCGCGUCCAGCAACAAGUAAACGAAGCCCUCACAGACCGCGACGACUUUGCACGCGAACUGGGCCAAGAACUCUUCUGCACAGACGUGCGCUCAGGCUCGACCGCCAGCGAGAGCGACCUCACCUCCACGGCUAAAAUGGCCAUCUUGCGUCUGUGGCCGUCGCGCAAGAGCGCGCCGACUUCGAACUCGGGCUUCGCCUCGCCCUACUCCCAGGAGUCGUUUGUGGAUCAUACUGCGACUGCGUUGCGGGAUAUCACUGUCCGAAAGGAGGUGCGUGUUGAUUACACACAUCUUCAUGAGAAGUCGAGUCAGAAUAAUCUUGGUAACCGGGACACGAGGGCGGUUGUUGCUGGUGGUGAUAGUACGCCUGCGACUUAUGUCGAUGAGUUGUAUAGUCUUUGCUAUGCGCCGGGUAUUCGAUUGAGGCCUGAUGCGUCAUUGCAGAAUAUCUCGCGUGGAUCAACUGUAUGCUGA